AUGAUCUACUCGCAAAAUGUCACAUUACUGCACCGCAUGGUGCAGCAGCUAGGCACGGCCCGAGACACCGGCGAGCUCCGCGGGCAGUGCCGGUGCCAGCUGCAGGUUAUCGGCGAACUUCGAGAAAAGAUCCAGGCCCAGAUGCGGCUGCAGCAGCAGCAGGCCGAGGGGGCUUCUAGGCAGGACGCUGCACGCCUCAGUGCGAUGAACUCCAAGCUGACCAAGGAUUUCAACCGAGUCAAUGCCAUCGCGCUGGACCUGGGGACGCAGGCGGAACGUAGAAUGCGAGAGGUGGACGCUCAGCGGCAGUCGCAGGUGGAGGAGGACGAGGAGCGAGCACGAGUGGCGUUCGCCGGGGCCGGAGGCGGCCAACCGCAGGGCAUGAUGCAAGUUCAGCAACGGCGGGAGCGAGUGCAGAUGCAGGAGGAGGCAAUAAACACGGCCAUCAUCCAGGAGACUGAGGAGGAGCUGCAGCAGAUCAACAAGAGCCUGUACAAGGUGAACGAGAUCUACCGAGACUUGGCGAAUAUCGUGGAGCAGCAGCAGGAAGCGGUGGAGGAAAUCGAGACCAACACGGAAGGGGCGCACGCGAGAGCCCAAGAGGGUUUAGUUCAGGUUCAGAAGGCGAACGACUACCAGCCGUCGUGUGUAGUGUCGUGACCUCCCCCAAGACCCUGCACUCUACUCCGAAGGCUGGUUUGAGUGCGUGCCCCUUUCAGGACAUGGACGACGUCAUGACUUCACCACAAAGCUGGCGUGUCUCGCUUGCUUGGGUGUAGGGCGUUGGCGAAAGGUGUCGUACCACUUCGUAGUAAGCAAGGAUUUUUUUUGCUGUAACACUAAGGCCGGGAGGAACGCGCACGAAGAAUGCGGUACGGGCUGUGCGCAUGCUUGGUGUCCACUCUGGAUACUUGGUACGUGACGCCCUGCAUGGGGCGCGACUGGAUGUAUAGAGCAGCAGUGUCGAAAGCGCUACCGUUGUGCAGCGGUGAGUGGCGAUGGGAGCCGGUGGCGCGUCUUUGUUGCUGCCCCGGCACGCUUUGCUUUGCUGCCUACUGCGGCGGCGGCGGCGGGUGCUGCUGCUGUUGUACGGCAGUAGGAUACCAGCCAGGACCGAGACACCCGUAAAGUCGUCGUUGUGGUGUGUGAUGUGGUGGUGUGUGUGUUGUUCCGGUAGAUCUCGAAUUCUCGCUUCCCCGCUAAGAAAAUGCGCUUCCCUGGGAAGCCGAUGAAGUCUUCGGUGGAAGUAGCCAUGAGUGCCCUGCAUGCGUUCAGUGUUCGUCGAUAGUCACGACGCCCUCCCGAAAGUCAUUGUGCUUGCAUACCUAUUGCGCUUGACGGCGUACCAUAUACCACCUUAUUUUCGUCUGUAUACUGGAGGGCGUGAUGAUACCACUGACACCUUAUUUUCGUCUGUAUACUGGAGGGCGUGAUGAUACCACUGACAGUUGUGUCCACAUGGGGGGAUGCAGUGUGGCUUUUGCAGGGGCCCCUUUUCGUGUGUUGUGUUGUAUAAGGAGGCGUUUUUGUCUGACUCUCUUGGUUUGUUCCAUCCUGACGUAUUGAAGUGCUUGGCCUGUGUCCACCCCCGCCAACCCAAGCAACUGGUUGUUUUGGUUCCGGCGGUG